GUGAGGCAUAGAGGGAGCCGACUCCACACAGCAGGACAACUUUUCAAAGGGACUGAAUGUACUGUUGGACUACAGGUUCAUCAUGAUGGUUUACAGAGUACAUCAGGCCUUCAUCUGUCUGCUUGUUGUGACAGUGGGAGCAGAGGUGCAGGAAGACAUAUCCCCUGGGUGCAAACGGUUCCUGUACAUGGGCACGCUGCCUAGAGGGCUUGAGGAGAAGUCGCUUAAAAAGAUCUGCCAGUUCUACGAGGGAAAACCGCGAUUUGUGACUCUGUAUGACACCUUCAGCCACAUCCCUGUUUAUUCUGCAUAUACCUUCAAACGCUCAGACGGCUCCAAGAAGGCUGAUGUGCCUUGGAUGUAUGAGCCACAGCUGUCCAUUGCAACUGGUCCCAGAGAGAUGCAGCAGUUGCCUUCAGAAAACAUUCCAAAGAUGUUAGAAGCUGCGCAGGCCGUCCUGGAUGACUACUCUGACACUGUGAUCUUCGAACGUGGGCAGCUGAACCCAGACGAGCACCAGGCCAAUCUUGAUGACAAAGCAGCCACCUACACUCUGACCAAUGUGGUUCCUCAGGUCCGAGAUUUCAACAUAGGUCCCUGGAAAAAGCACGAGCACACCAUUCGCAGGCGGCUCAACAAUUAUUGCCGAGGCACUGCCUAUGUGAUCACCGGGGUCACCACUUCAGGUCACACAAUACGUCGCCACAACAUCGACCGCCUAGGCAUCCCCACCUACUUCUGGUCAGCCUACUGUUGCGUUGAUUUUGACCACAAUGCCCCUUACCCAGAGCGUUCAAAGUUCCCUGCGUUUGCAGCCCAUGGACUCAACGACAGGGAGAAUAAUAAGGUUCAGGAAAUGACAGUCCAACAGCUGGAGGACUUUCUGAAGAGGGUGACUUAUGUUAGGAGCUCUUUCCAGAUCUUCUAUGACAACUGUGUGCCUGCUAAUAGUGCUAAUGGUGGCCUCCACCUGCCAUAAAAACAUCAAUCAGUUUUUGUAUUAUCCCUACAUUCCACAUCAACGUCAGCAACAAGCAACUUGUAACAAACAAUUCUCUCGAUGUUCAUUUGAAUUUAAUUUAACAUUUUAGAAUUUUCCUGGGAAUACAAAACAUCUUUUUCCCAUGCAUAACUUGGAUUUCUAUUAUAGCAUUUAGGUUUGCAGGUAAUUUCUCUUUCUGAGUCCUUGGCUGUUGGUUAACGUUUGUCACGCGUAAAUUUGGUGUUUCUCAUCAGCAAUUUGUUCAUCAAUGAGUUACACUUUAUUUUUAUUAAGGACAUGAUACAGUAUAUUUUAAUUUAACUCAACUUGGAGUCCAUAUACUAUUUC